AGUGAACGCGUUCGGUUGUUUUGGCUGCCGGUUUUGACAAGAGAAGAGUUCGUGUUUUCGUAUUUGUUUAUGCACAAAUUAAAUAAAUAGUAUUAUUUUGUGCAGUGACGUUGUAAACAAAGUUGCAAAGUGGCCGCGAAACAUUUCACAUCUGCUUAAAACAACAGCAACGGAAAGAUAUCCAAAAGUGAUAAAAUUAAUACACACACAUUGAAAUUCAAUUGAUUUUUGGCAAUGUAAUGACGUAUUCAAAAACUUCAAAUAUUUAACGGAACAUAAAAAGAAAGAGAGAAAAAAGGUGAACAGAGCAAUCUGACUUGCCUGAAAGCUUUCAAAGCUUAAGCCCAAGUUCAUUGCCAAGUGGGCAAUCGAACAAACGAGAGCCAGAGUGAGAGAGAGAGGGAGAGCUUUUUGUAAGCUUUUGCAACGCAUGAACUCACCUAAAAGCACGAAAACCAAUUGGAAAUGAGUAACGAAUCGUCAGCGAGCGAGACAACACCGCUGCGUCGGCCAGAAAGUCAGUUGAGUGCAAAUUCAGGCACUAACGUGGCCACAAACAACAACCACGUUGACAGAAGCAACUUGAAAACAGCAGAGACAACGUUGGAAAUACACAGCAGUAAUAGUAAUCAUAACAACGUGAACAAUUCCCCUUCCCGCAUUGAAGAGCGUCUGCACAACGGCAACAACAGUCGAACUCAGCAACCACAGCAACAACAACAACAGCAGCAGCAACAGCAACAACAACAUAAAGAUAUGGAGACAAACAAGCGCAUUUUAUGCCGUGUUGGUUUCGAUGUUUUGGUUUUGUUAUGCGCCGGUUUUCCUAUACUUAUAUUCUACUUAAUCGGUGCUCCCUACGAACGUGGCUUUUUCUGUGACGAUGAAUCGUUGAAGCAUCCGUUUAAGGAGUCCACCGUGAGGAACUGGAUGCUGUACUUUAUAGGCCUGGUUAUACCAAUUGGCGUGAUGCUGAUUGUGGAGUUGCUGCGAUCACGAGAUGCGAAUGCCAAUGGAACUGGCACACCUCGUCGAUUUGUCUUGAUGGGAUUCGAGAUUCCAGAUUGGCUGAUCGAGUGCUACAAGAAGAUUGGCAUCUUUGCCUUUGGUGCCGCCGUCAGUCAAAUGACCACGGAUAUUGCCAAGUAUUCGAUUGGUCGAUUGCGUCCACAUUUCAUAGCGGUGUGCCAACCAAUAAUGCCGGAUGGUACCAAGUGCGACAACCCUAUUAACUUUGGCAGAUACAUAACGGAUUUCAGGUGUAUAGGCAAUGGCUCAACGCCUCGCAUGAUCAAAGAGAUGCGUUUGUCUUUCCCCAGUGGACACUCCAGUUUUACCUUUUACACGAUGGUCUAUGUGGCGCUUUAUUUGCAAUCUCGCAUGACGUGGCAUACGUGGAAGCUGUUGCGUCACUUUCUACAGUUCCUAUUCAUCAUGAUCGCCUGGUAUACGGCACUGAGUCGCGUCUCGGACUACAAGCAUCAUUGGUCCGAUGUGUUGGCGGGCUCAGCAAUUGGUUCAACUUGUGCCUUAGUUGUGGCAAACUAUGUGUCCGAUUUAUUCCCCAAAGAGACGCGUACGAAGCCGUACUUGCCUCGGAGCUCUCAAGAUAUAAGCCAAACGCAAUCGACAGCAGUUAUUACAACGAAUUAACCCCUUGUUAAUCCGAAUAACCGCUUUAGUAAUCGUUUAGGACACAAAUUCCAUAACUUAUAGGCAAAACAUGGAUCUUUUGAUACAUCCGGUUGGAACGAAGCAAAGCUUUCGUGUGUUUUUAAGUUGUAUUUACUUUUUACUAUUUAAUAUGUGUGAAGCUUAUUUACUGAAUUAUAGUAAUACAUUAUUUAAAAAUACUUAUAAUAUUAUGAUGACUAUAAAAUCACUAAAGUGACCUUCAGACCACACAAUAUUCGAUUUGCUAUUUCAGCAAGUCGACAAUAAGUAUUAUUUUAAAUGAGUUUUUAAGUUAUAUUUUAAAAAUUUUGUUUAAAUGAACGAGCAAUAUUCAAAAAAAA